CAACCACCACCGCACAAACCACCACCGAAUCGAUCAUGGCAGAGGAGAGCGUUAUACCUAUCUCUGUCGCAGGAGAUCUCACUCUCAUGGCAACAACUACUCUACAUGACAUGAUUACAACACCGACCAUUGCACAAGGCACAAUCGCUGUACCGGUCUCAAGAGAAGAACUCGCCGAUGCUACGGCACGGACAACUACAGAAGCGAUAGGUGCAGCCAUGGCUGCACUACAGGGCGUCGAUAUUGAGAUGACCACAGUUACACUACCUAGUAUAGAAAGCGAGGAGCCCAGCACCGGCACCAGUGACAUUACCGCUGCUAUCACCGACAUCGGAGAUAUUACGACCACCGCACCUACAGCUCCUCCAUUCAAGCGCCAGCGUCACCAACAAAAGAGUCCCCCCACUGCACAUGCUAAACAAGUACCCGUUGACCCCAAUAACCCCAACCCACCCGAAAAAGACAACGUCAAGCGCGACCAGGGCGAGCUGCGCCGGAACGAAUAUUCGAUCCUGAUUCAUGUCUACCGACAAAUGCUGACCCUCCCCUCAGACGUACGGUCGAAAUUCGGGAGCUCACUUCGGGAUCAACUCUCAAAUUUGACAGGCGUGGGAUUCAGCACGGCGCAAAAGGCGAUUAAGUUCUCGAAGAAUGGCCACAUUCCUAUCGAAAAUGUCUCUCGAGUCGGGAGAAAGCCCAAGGUGCUGGAUGAUGAAUACGGAAAGAAGGUCCGGGAAGUCGUCGAGCGCAUGAACCGCUUGCGUGAACCGGCUUCGGCGACAAGAAUCCAGCAGGCACUCAAGACUGACUAUGGGCUCGAAGUCAGCAUCACGAUGCUGCGACGCGAUUUAUUGAGACUUGGUCUGCGUUGGGAGCAAGGCCCAUCUACGCGGACAUCUACAUGGAAGACUCGUCCGAUCCAGAAUAAGCGGAAGAAACUCAGGAUGGAGCCCGAAGCAGAACCGGCAUUGGCGCAGCAAAAUUUAUCGUGAAGAGACACGACUCUCAGAGGAGCAUCUGAAUUAUCGCAGUCGCCAUCAUUUGUACAAUAUUUCACCACUACAAUUUCAUCAAUUGAGUGUCCUUCUGUAAUAAAAAAAAAAAGAACAUGUACUGUACAGCGG